AUGGGGACCUUUACCACCAUCGCACUUCUGGUGCUCUUUAUCUCGUUCAUGACAUUCGUAGCCUUCUUUGGCCGUCUCCCAGCCCUCAGACGCACCCCCAUAGCAUGGCUUCACCGGUUUCUGUGGAUCACACUGCCAAACUCCCUCCUGACCCUGGACCGGAAGAUCACCUCCGGCCGUCUGUCGUCUUCCAUGCGCCGGUUUGGCAACUACAUGAUGUACGACAGACAUCCGACCGUGCUGAUAUUCUUUCUAUCACUGCUCGUCGGUGGCGAAUACAUGUACCUGCCCACCGUGUGGCCACAGCUGGGCUCCCUCCAGAAGGCCCUCGCCGUCCCAGCCAUCGCCUGCCCAUAUAUAUUCCUGUACCUCGCUACAGCAUCAGACCCGGGCUACAUCACACCGGAGAACCACGUGAAGCAGAUGGCUCACUACCCUUACGACUUCGCGCUGUUCCACCCAGGCUCGCACUGCCGCACAUGCCAGCUCCUCAAACCCGCGAGGUCGAAGCACUGCGCCAUCUGCAAGCACUGCAUCGCGAAGGCGGACCACCACUGCAUCUUCAUCAACGGCUGCGUCGGCGAGGGCAACUUGCACUGGUUCAUCCUCCUGCUCUUCAGCACGGCCGUGUUGACCGCUUACGGCUCAUACGUCGGCCUGUCCCUGCUUAGCGCCAAGAUGAAAACGCGUCACCCGGACUUCUCCAUCUGGCCGCCUUCUGCUAAGGGCUAUACGUGGAGCUCGUACUUUGUCGUCUGGACCUGGGGGCUGCAGGAUAAUGUUGGCAUGGGCAGCGUGACUAUGUUGACGGCACUCACGUCCCCGCUCGUGUGGGGACUUUUCGUGUACAACUUCUACAUGGUUUACGCCGGCACCACGACCAACGAGUCCAUGAAGUGGUCGGACUGGAAGCUCGAGAUAGACGAGGGCUACGCCUUCAAGCGGCGCAUGAGCCUCACGCGCGAGAAGGACCUUCGCAUCGAGCCCGCGUGGACUAGGUGGCCGUCCGAGGCGGAGCAGAUCAUGAUCAGGACCGAGAGCGGGAACCCACCCAGGGCGGACAGCACUAACAUCCCCGGCGUCGGGGAGUGGGAGCGCCCGACGAGUCUGCGAGAGGUGGAGAAUUUGUACGAUCUCGGGUUCUGGGAGAAUCUGCGCGAGGUGUUCUGGCCGAGGUAUCGCUUCUCGGGUGGCGGAAUACCGGUCAGCGAGCUGAUUCGAAGGAACGGUAUGAAAAGGAUGAAAUCAUGA